AUGCUUGCCACCCUAACAGAUAUCACGAAUGUGCAGGCAACAGUUCUGCCGCCGCAAAAGGCGAAGAUUGUGGCACUGAAUGUGGCUCCUGCAGUCCAGGCAGUGGCUAAGCACGCCGUUGCGCAACAUAACCCGUACAAAUGGAAGUGCUUGCCUGCUGGUACUCACUCUGCCGCGGACGCGAUGGCUGAUCAGGAGGCUGCUUACGCGAUCCCUGUCCAGAAGCUGUUUCAGGAAAAGGAGGACCGCGCCCCUCCAGCUCCUUGUGGGCCGUUGGUGUGCAACACCCUGGUGCAAUUCAAGUGCCAUCAAGCCGAAUUUCUCUCCUCUAUGGUGGUGGAUAAAGGUCAGUACGUUGUGGUGCAAGGCGACCGCGGUAUUGACAUUGGGGUCGUCAUCCGGAUCAACACCACCUCUCAAAAAACGUACGUGGAAUGCACUGGGCCUGUGGGGAGCAUUUUGCGGCACGCAACGCAACGGGAAGUGGACUACUGGGCCACAGAUCUCAAAGAUGCGGAGGCGAUUGCUGCCGCCUUCUGUCAGGCAAAGGUACGCUCGCAUGGCCUUCCCAUGGAGAUUGCGUAUGCGGAAUACCAGUUUGACAAAAAGAAGCUCACCUUCUAUUACGAAGCACGCACCCGGAUUGAUUUUGUGCAACUUCUCAAGGAACUUUACCGCGAGUAUGGCUGCCGUAUAUGGAUGGAGAAGCUUCGCAGUCACGAGUGA